AGUUUUUUUGGUCACUUUUAAGGGAAUCAAGAAGUAUCAUUAUAAAGCUGUAAAAGGGUAUAGCAUUUUCAAGAAGAAACCAUUUCUGAGAAGGACAAGGCUAUAUGAGGAGUUUGGUGUAUAGGAAGAUGUGGUGGAUUGUUCAUGGAAGGAAGAACAAGAGGAACUUACACCGCGAUUUUGAGAAUAAGAGUAUAUGUGACUUGGGGAAAGACUUGGAGGAGAUACUAAAGGGGAGACUAGAGACUAUAGAGGAGGAACCUGAAGCGGAAGAGCGAGAGUGGUUAGGAGAAUCUCAUAAGCCAAUGUUGGGUAAGGCUAAGAUGAAAGUGGAGAAGGGAAAAGCAAUAGUAAAGGCAAAAGUGAAGAGUGGUAAAGUGUUUUACAUGUUGUGUGUUAUUAGUUUAGCCUCUAAACGUGGUUUUAAUGAUCUUGUUCUUCACUAAAUCCUAAUUUUCUUUUCUUUUUUUAUCUUCUUGAUGAAUGUGUAUAUACGUGUGUAUUUCUCUCGGUUAAUUUUAC